AACUACGUCCUUACGCGUGCCCGUCGUCUGCAACAAUUGGAGGAUAGCUUUCUGAUACCAGAAAAUAGGUUCAUGAGUGAGGGCGAAAAGGAGAGACAGAGGCAAGAGUUGAUCUUGGAAGAGAGUCGCCUGUUGAGAGAGAAGAGAGCAAAAGUGGAUGUCAAAGCAUUUGAAAUGGGUCGGGUAAUUGGACAUGGUGCUUUCGGGGUGGUGAGGAUUGCUAGGGAAAGAAGGUCGGGGAGGUUGGUAGCUAUGAAACAGCUACGAAAGGCCGAUAUGCUACGAAAAAACCAAGAAGCCCAUCUCCGAGCCGAGAAAGAUCUCCUGGCAGCAGCCGCUUCUCAAUCCCUCCCCACAUCUUCCAACUCUUCCACUUCCUGGAUUGUCCGAUUAUAUUAUGCAUUCCAAGAUACCGACCAUCUUUACCUUGUGUUCGAAUAUAUGGGUGGUGGUGACCUUCUCAAUCUCCUCGUUCAACUCGAUACCUUUCCAGAAUCCAUGACCCGGUUCUACAUCGCGGAGAUGAUCCUCGCAUUGGAAGAAACACAUAAUCUCGGUUAUAUCCAUAGAGACAUUAAACCUGACAACUUCUUGUUCACUCCCGAUGGACAUAUCAGAGUGAGCGAUUUCGGACUAGCGACGGAUUUACACUGGGCGCAUGAGAGUGGAUAUUAUGAACAACAGAGAGAGGCUUUGUUGAAGAAACACGGAGUGGAUCUGGAGUAUCCCACCAUGGGAAAAGGAAGGAGGAUGAGGAGAGAAGAGGUUGAGAGGGUGUUGGGGAAAGAAUGGUUGACGGAAGGGAAGGGGGUUUUAACUUGGAGAGACAGGAACAGGAGGAGAUUGGCAUAUUCCGUUUGCGGGACAAAUUCUUAUAUGGCUCCUGAAGUCAUACGUGGUCAAGGGUACGGAUUCAGCUGUGAUUGGUGGAGUCUUGGAGUGAUCAUGUAUGAAAGUUUGUAUGGAUAUCCCCCGUUUUACUGCGUCAAAGCUAACUUUGACAGCCUGAACUGGAGAACAACCCUCAAAUUCCCUCCUCAUCCACGUCUCUCCCCCGAUUGUCUAGACCUGAUGACAAAACUUCUCUGCGAACCCGAAGACCGACUCGGAGGUGGGUUGGGUCUGGGGAGCGAUGGGGCGGAUAGGAUAAAGGGACAUGCUUGGUUCAGGGGGAUCGAUUGGGAUCACAUCGGAGAACAAACCCCGCCUUACCAGCCCGACCUCGCUGCAGAGGACGACACUAGACACUUUGAUGAAGAUAUACCGGAUGAAGUGAGUUGUACCCCAGUUUCAGUCGAUCCCUCAUCCUUUCUGGACAGAUCCCGCUUCCCCAAGAGACAUCUUGCCCACGGGCCGACAUCUCGUCAAUGCGGACAAGGUUGGAUCCGAUAG